AUGAUGAGAAGCCCACCUCCUUGUGUUACGACCUCGACAUCAAUUUGCCGUGUGGCUGAUCUAAUUUUGGAGAAGAGCUUGCUCUCCAAUGGCCUUUUGGGUGGUGGUGGUGGGCAGUCUAUGUCAUCUCCAGGUGAUAUAGGUGGGGGGAAUGGGACUGGCACUCCAACUGGUGGAGGUGGCAAAGGAACCGGGCAUCUAAAAUUGUUGCAUGGUGGACAUACCGCUCUCAGACAUGGCCGGCGUAUUAUACAUGAGGGUAAUACUGGUUCUGGUGGUGGCACUGGUGGCAGCGGUGGCAAUGCUAUUGCAGCAUCAUUCUUAACAGCUGAACACAGCCAAAAUGAGGAGCCACCCAAAAACAUGGAGAUUCAAAGCCACAUCGUCAAGGUCAACUAUGGAGUGAUAAAUAGGUUUUCGGUUGACCUGCCAAAUUCAAGCGGCGGGGCUGGAACUGGGGUUGGUGGAGGUGGUCGAGUUUCCUUAGGCGGAGGAGCUGGAACGGGAGAUGGUGGUGGUGGGGUUUCUUUGGGUGGGGGUGCUGGAACUGGUGCCGGUGGUGGAGUUUCCUUAGGUGGAGGAGCUGGAACGGGAGUUGGUGGUGGUGGGGUUUCUUUGGGUGGAGGAGCUGGAACUGGAGCUGGUGGUGGUGGGGUUUGUUUGGGAGGUGGUGCUGGAACUGGAGCAGGUGGUGGAGUUUCCUUGGGUGGAGGAGCUGGAACUGGAGCUGGUGGUGGUGGGGUUUGUUUGGGAGGUGGUGCUGGAACUGGAGCAGGUGGUGGAGUUUCCUUGGGUGGAGGAGCUGGAACUGGAGCUGGAGGUGGUGGAGUUUCCUUGGGUGGAGGAGCUGGAACUGGAGCUGGAGGUGGAGUUCCCUUGGGUGGAGGAGCUGGAACUGGAACUGGUGGUGGAGGAGGAGGAGUUACUUUAGGGGGAGGAGGUGGUGGUGGUGGCGGUGGGCAUGGCUUACCAAUACAAGGUGGACAAAUCCCCUUGACACAAGGUGGACACACCUGA